CAGAAGUGCCGCGAUCGGGCUCCGGUGUCAUAGAGCAGAGAAGGAGGGACGGAGGAGCAGAAGGCGCAGCCUAGUGCAACACUCAAUACUGUACACAGUGUACAAACACUGUGUCGAUAUUGUAUCACCGCUGUCAGCACUCGCAUCGCUUGCGGUCCCUGACACUUUCUGAGCUGCCGCUCUAAGGCACAACUAGACAGGUGGACAGCUGGAAAACCAGAGAACCAGCGCGCACAGAGCUACCACGCAAGGAGGACAGCAGAGCAGUAGAGCAGAGCUCGUCAUUGCACCGUGUCUAAGCGGUCAGUACACAAGAGUGGCCGGUUAUCCAUCGGUGAUCAACGAUCAGAGAGUGAGGAUGCCUCGAGUGGUCCCCGAUCAGAGGAGCAAGUUCGAGAACGAGGAGUUCUUUAGGAAACUGAGCCGGGAGUGCGAGAUCAGAUACACGGGCUUUCGGGACAGACCUCAUGAGGAGCGCCAGGCCAGGUUUCAGAGCGCCUGCAGGGACGGUCGCUCAGAGAUUGCCUUUGUGGCAACGGGAACCAACCUGUCUCUGCAGUUCUUCCCAACCACCCUGCAAGGCGAGCAGAGGCAGCUGCCAACACGCGACUAUGUGGACUUUGACCGCGAAACGGGGAAGGUAUAUCUCAAAGCACCCAUGAUCCUGAAUGGGGUGUGUGUCAUCUGGAAGGGCUGGAUCGACCUGCAGCGUCUAGAUGGCAUGGGCUGUCUGGAGUAUGAUGACGAGAAAGCCCAGCAGGAGGACUUGCUGGCCCAGCAGGCCUUUGAGGAGGUGCGGAGGAGAGUUCGGGACUUUGAGGAUCGAGACCGCUUGCAUUGCGAGGACGUGGAGCCACGGCAACAGCAGGACCCCAGUCCAGGCUCUACUGUGGGCAAUGCUGACUGCCACAAGAUGCGCUAAUGUGGAGAGCAAGGGAGCGAGAGGCAGGACAGGUGUGAUCUGGUGCCAAGGGAAUUUUCUGUGUCAAUGGACUAGGGGAUCUACAGUGGGUGGACUACCGUGGGUGAGGGUGAGCUUGUGUUUUGGUGGGUUGGUAUAGAGUGGGUGAGCUUUGGUUCAGGACUCAGACAAACCCUCAGCCCUGCCUAUCCCUGUUUAGCCUCUUAUAUUCAUUAUUCAGAGAAUGUUGAAUCAAUUGUGUUAGUCAAAAACUUGCAACAUUUGUCUCGAACAUUGGUGUUGACAGAGGAAUACAUGCCUUGUAGCGUCACUCUGAGUGGAGAUGAGGAAAGAUAUUUCUAACUAGCCUUCAGUUCCUCGUGCUGCUGUGGGAACCAAAUCAGCAAAAAUUAUAUACAGAAAUCAUAUACAGUAAAAACUGAGACAUGUGAACACAGAAGCUUCAAGGUGGCACAGCAGGUAGCACUGGAGCCUCUCAGCUCCUGAAGACCUGGUUCCAUUCCAUGUUCUCUUCCCAUUUUUGGGUUUCCUCUGGGUGCUCUGGUUCCCUUUCACAUUCCAAAGAUCUGUAUUUCAGGUCUACUGGUGUAUGUCUGUAGAUGUGUGUGGGCAUGCACAUAUGUUUGUUUCCAGGAUAGGCUCCAGACCACCAUGAUCCUGCACUGGACAUUGUGUUAUUGAUAAUGGGUAGACAGAAUUUAUUCUCUUAUAGUUUCAAACAAAGAGGACAAUUUUAUCAACAUUUUUAACAAAAAAUUUACAUACAAUGAUUUCCUAAGCUUUCAUUUCCCACAUUAAAAACUGGUGGCAAGUACAACUAGUGCACUCAGUUUCGUGUUGUUUUUCAUUAUGGGGUGAUACAUUCAGUCAAAAUAGCAGUCAAGAAUGAAUGAAUGAAAGAUGCUGGUACAGACAAAGAGCCUCCCCUACCCAUACACAGUGGCUGAUGAGGACUGACUGACAGACUAGUAGCUCCAUGUUUCUCCUCUAUGUCCUUAUACAAAUCUGUACUAAAAUUACAUUUCUGUUAUAUCCAGAAAAGGAUUUUUACUUUAUAAUCUUUAUGAAAAGCUGCAGGACACUUGUCUGACAGUGCUGCUGCUGAAUGGUGCCCCAUUCUGGAUCCACCUGGUACUACCCUUGUCAAGCUUAUGCUGGCAUUAAGUGUUCCAGUUACAGCAUUUAUAUUUAUUUAUUUAGCUGAUGCUUUUUUCCAAAGCAGCUUACAGUGGUAAGGUUCUUACAACUAUUUAUCCAUUUUUAUAGCAGGGUAAUUUUAGUGGACCAACUUAGGGUAGGUAUGUUGCUGAAGGGUGCUACAGCUGGAGGUGAUGCUGGAACCUGUGGCCUUUUGGGUCCAAGGGUGGCAGUUCUAACUACUAUGCUACCAGGUGCCACCCACUUGUUACAAGACUGGUUAUUUUUUACACAGCACACUUUUUUUUAAUUUAAUUUAAAAAAAAUCUUAAGUUAUUCAUGAGGACUUUUUUUGUAUCACUGAUGUUAAAAUCUUUCACUGGCCUUCUGCAAGCUGGCUAACAGAUAAUGUUGCUUUUGCUGAAUUUCACCUCAAGCAGAACAAAGAAACACUUAAAAUCAAAUUAUGCUGUGUAUUUCCCUAAUAAAAUUUUAUCAUUUUACCUUGAAAUGUUCCUUCUGCUGUUUGUUUUAAAAUAUAGUUAUGCAGUUGAGAGCAAAUGUGUAGAACUUAUUUUAACAAUACUUUAAAAAUUAAGGAAUCCUUUUUUAAAAAUAGUACACUGCUGCCUCUCACUGCAUGGGUGGUGCAAAGGGAGGUGGGUUUGAUCCUGUUCAGUCAUGUUCACCCUUUGCCUGCAUGAGUUUCCUCUGGGUGUUCCAGCUUCCUCCCACAGUUCAAAGACG